CUGGGUCAUAUCACAGCAUGUAUUUUUUUAAAAGCCAAGAAAAGAAAAAAAAGCCUUUAGUUUCUUAUACUUUCAAUUUUCAUUUGUCCUUCAUCUAACUCUGGAAUUCUUUUUGCAAGCCCAAUUACUUGUCCAGUACUACACGCUCACGUAUAGGAUGUUCUUAGGGCCAUACCGGAAUUUUUUGAGAAAGAAUGUCGAAAAAGCAGCUAAAACGGGAAAGAGUUAUGAACUCUUUUUUCCUAUGAAGCCUCAAUGCUUUUCUACAGCAGCGUUUUUAAGGAACAAUGAAUCUAAAAAUGAAGAAGUAAUUUUUGGAGGACAAUCUUUGGAUGAUUUAUUUAGUAAUAUUAAAAAGUCUAUGAAAGAGAAAAAAUCUAAAACCAUGGCUUCCGAAACCCGAAAAACGUCUGGCAAUGCCCGAAAAGCUAAUUUGGAGAAACUGGACGCUCGUCCUAUUAGGCAAAGAAGAAACUCUCUUCAAGGAAAUAAAGAACAGCUUCCAGGUUAUCAAGAAAGAAGAUCGAAUAAUCGUGUUGCUUCUUCUGGUAAAUCUGCUAUGCAGUCAAAUGAACAUUCAAAGAACGAAGGUGCUAACAUUUCGGAGUUCCCACCCAAAUAUGAGGGAAAUAAACAGCGUCUCCAGCCGUUAAACAGGGAAAAUUCUACUUCAGAGAAAAAACUUAGACCAAGCAAACCAUCAGCUGAAGAGAUAGCCAAUCUCGAUAUGUUGGAUUCUGUGAAGCCUGAAUCUGUACGCUCAGGAAGUUUUGAUCGAGCCUUGCAUAAAUAUGAUACAGCUACAGCUACUAAUAAUGGCACCUCAGUCAAACAUCCAAGAGCGAAGUCCAGAAAACGCUUGCAAAAAGAAGAAAACAUUGAAAUGAGUCACUUUUCAGAGACAGAAGAAACGUCAAAUUACGGAUCGAAAGAAAGAAAGAAUUUUUCUCGAAAUAACGUAAUUCACCUUUCUACUGUUCGCCCUCAACUUAUUCUUCCACAGCAGCUCGACGAAUUUGUGCCUCCUUCCACUUCGCUUCCCAAAGGGCUCGAGCUUAUGAAGAAACAAUUACAAGCAUCACUCUCCUCUCCUAGCCAAUAGUUUAAUCAUUUAUAGCUAAAUAUUUUCGUCUUAUAAUUUUCAAUGAUGACCCAAGUUCAGAUUAGACACAAUACAAUGUCUUUUCAAGGCUUUUUUAUUUCACAUAAUUGAAACCAUUUCAAGUAAAAUUGUACAAAGAACAUGUCGCACCUCGGUUAUAGAAUGCUUAUUCUUCAGUUCG